GUUCAAAGUUCAAAUCAUCACAGUAAAAAUAGGGUAGUCGCUGGCUGGCUGCCUGUUUGUUAACUGGGCAAAAUAAACAACCGGGCGAGCACGGAGCACGCUGAUCGGUUGCCACCACACCGCAGACCGAUAGAGGAAACCGAAAAUGGCCCUCAGCUAAUCGCCGCCCGCUUUUUGCUCUGUUGUCGGUGCAUUUUUUUUUAGCUAGGGUGCUAAAACGUUAGCAAAAGGCUAGUUUGCUAGGAGCACAUAGCAACUGCUGCUAAGCUAACGUCAGUGAAGUGGUACUCUUUUUUUGUUUUUAAGUGUUAAAGUGCUGCAGCUAUGUUCGUGCAGGAGGAGAAAAUAUUCGCUGGGAAAGUGUUGAAAAUACACAUCUGCACCAUGGACGGCACGGAGUGGUUGGAGGAGGUCACGGAAGACACCACUGUAGAGAAACUGAAGGAGAAGUGCUUGAAACAUUACGUACAUGGAAGUCUAGAAGACCCCAAAACGCUUACCCACCAUAAACUUAUACAUGCUGCUACAGAGAGAGUCCUCACCGACACGAAAACUGUCGCUGAUGAAAACCUCAAAGAUAAAGAUGUAUUGCUGCUCAUAAAGAAAAGACCACCGCCGACCCUUCCAAAGAUGGCAGAUGUAAGUGCAGAUGAAAAGAAAAAACAAGAUUACAAGGCUCCAGACAAAGAUGCUAUCCUGAAAGCCACUGCCAACCUCUCCACACGCCACACUGACCGCACUGUUACCCAGCACAACAUCAGAGAUUUUCAGACGGAGCUUAGGAAAAUCCUGGUUUCUCUCAUAGAAGUUGCCCAGAAGCUUCUUGCCUUGAAUCCUGAUGCUGUUGAGCUCUUCAAAAAGGCCAAUGCAAUGUUGGAUGAAGAUGAAGAGGAUCGAGUGGAUGAAACAGCCCUUCAGCAGCUCACUGAGAUGGGUUUCCCUGAGAGCAGAGCUAUCAAAGCUCUUAGACUGAACCACAUGUCAGUGACCCAGGCGAUGGAGUGGCUGAUCGAGCAUGUAGACGACCCCUCUGUAGACACGCCGAUACCUAGUCAGGACACUUCUGGAGCAGCAGCAGCCGCAGCCGCUGCCACACCAGGUCCCUCGGCCUCGGCGACGGCGUCAGCGUCGGCGUCUGCGUCGGCGUCUGGUCCUAACCUUCUUCGCAGCCUUUCAAGCCAGUCCAGCACAGAGGAGAGCAGCAGGCAGGACGAGCUCACAGAGAUCUUCAAGAGGAUCCGGAGGAAACGGGAGUUCAGACCUGACUCAAGAGCUGUAAUAGCAUUGAUGGAGAUGGGCUUUGAUGAAAAGGAGGUGAUUGAUGCUCUGAGAGUGAAUAACAACCAACAGGACGCUGCAUGCGAGUGGCUGCUGGGAGACAGAAAACCUUCUCCAGAAGACCUGGACAAAGGCAUCGACACCAACAGCCCGCUAUUUCAAGCCAUUCUGGAGAAUCCAGUGGUCCAGCUAGGUUUAACCAAUCCCAAGACUCUGCUUGCGUUUGAAGACAUGCUGGAAAAUCCUCUGAACAGCACCCAGUGGAUGAACGACCCCGAGACUGGCCCCGUCAUGCUCCAAAUAUCUAGAAUCUUCCAGACCCUCAAUCGCACAUAGAGCCUCCUGGUGACCCCCUGUGUGACUGUGGCAGCUUGCGUGUGUGUGUGUGGAUGUGUGUGUGUAUCUGGUUGUGACAGAGACACAAGUAUUGUUUUUGCCUUGUAAAGACAAAGCUGGAGGAGUUUGAAAUAAGGUGUUACACAUAUAACUAUUUAUAACAGUACAGUAAAAACACUUAUACAAAACAAAUGUUAACAUAAACAUUAUUAUUAUUAUUAUUAUUACAGUAAUAAUAAAAAAAUGAUAUAUAUAGUAUGUUGUUUUUACAUUUUAAUGAGAACAAUUUAUAGUUAUGACAGACAUGAUUUAUUUUAUAUAAUUUCUCCAUGUGCAAAAAUGACAUCAGACAUCAAUUUAAUGUUUACACUUCAAAGAAAACUGUUUUUGUAUGUUUUGCAAUAUUUAAAUAUCAAUUACAGAUUUGUCUGUCUCUUUAAAUUGUUACAUUUCAUCCGUUGUGAAUGUGUGUAUGACUUCUGUCAGUAUCAUGUCUUGUUUUGUCUGCCCCCCCCCCCUCCUACUUCUCCUUUUGUCUCGUUCUUCAUCAAAAUAACUCUUUAUAAUUGAGAGGCUGGUGGUUGAAGUCAAGUGUUAGUGGAGCUCAUUUAAAAUGGGCCUUCAGACACGUUACCUCUCUCUCCAUUCAGCUGUGAGAGCCCGCCUGCGAGGUCACUGUAAGUCAAGCGCCUCUCAGUUUAUAAAGGAGAACAUUUGUCCUUGAGUUUCUUCAAGAAUAUUUAUUUGACUUUCUUGCCUUUUUAGAGGAAAGCUGUACACUAAACUGUUUCUGUCUAGUCAUGUUUUUACAAGAAAAUGAUAUAUAUUAUGCCUGUGUGUUUAUUGUCAACGUGCUCUUGAAUGUCAUAUUAUCAUGUCGCGCUCAUUUAGCACUUGUUCACCUCUAUGAAUAUCGCUCACUGCAGCACUGAGGAAGUUAAAAGAAGGGUUCAUCUUGUGUCUCAAAAAGGC